GACCAGGACCCAUCUGAGACUUGCAGCCGCCGCUAUCCCAGCAAACUUGUCCCUUACGGCUUGUGGCCUCCAUUCCGCGCACGCGCACUAAAGCCUGAGCGGAGCGGCUAGGAGACGGCCGCUGCUGUUUUUGCCGGUAACCGCGAGAGGGUGGCGCAUGCGCAGUGCCGAAGGGUCCCUAGGCCUGCCUUGAGCGAAAGCGGGGGAGAAGUCCUCCGUGUGGCAGCGGGCGAGAGGCUGAAGAAGAGCGCAGGAGGAGGCUGAGGCGGCAGCAGCGCCGGAGGCACAUGCUGACUUAGGAAUUAAUGCUGUUCUGCUGGGAAUAUUUUUGAAGGCACAUUUUUCUCAUGAGGCACAUCUGCAAUCUGUAAUUUUAGAACAUCAAUAUUUAUCAUCCAGAAAAGUAUAAACGACUAGACGUACAAAUGUCUACCACAAGACUAAAGUGUGACAUGUUAUGUUCUUCACCAUAAGCAACCAUAAAAUGAGCUCCAUUGCAGACAGAGAUGAUGGUAGCAUUUUUGAUGGUCUUGUGGAAGAAGAUGACAAGGAUAAAGCAAAGAGAGUAUCAAGAAAUAAGUCGGAAAAGAAACGCAGAGACCAGUUUAAUGUUCUCAUCAAAGAGCUGGGAUCCAUGCUUCCGGGCAAUGCUCGGAAGAUGGACAAAUCUACUGUAUUGCAGAAGAGUAUUGACUUUUUACGGAAGCACAAAGAAAUUACGGCACAGUCAGAUGCCAGUGAAAUCCGACAAGACUGGAAACCCACAUUCCUUAGUAAUGAAGAAUUCACUCAGUUAAUGUUAGAGGCCCUUGAUGGUUUUUUCCUAGCAAUCAUGACAGAUGGAAGUAUAAUAUAUGUAUCAGAAAGUGUAACCCCUUUACUUGAACAUUUGCCAUCUGACCUAGUGGAUCAGAGUAUAUUUAAUUUUGUCCCAGAGGGAGAGCAUUCAGAGGUUUAUAAAAUACUAUCUACUCAUUUGUUAGAAAGUGAUUCAUUGACUCCAGAAUAUUUAAAAUUAAAAAAUCAGCUAGAAUUCUGUUGCCAUAUGCUCCGUGGAACCAUAGAUCCCAAAGAGCCACCUACGUAUGAAUACGUAAAAUUUAUAGGAAACUUCAAGUCUUUGAGCAACAUGCCCAACUCUGCACAUAAUGGUUAUGAAGGAACCAUACAGCGGCCUCACAGGCCUUCUUAUGAAGAUAGAGUUUGUUUUGUAGCUACAGUUAGGUUAGCUACACCUCAGUUUAUCAAGGAAAUGUGUACUGUUGAAGAACCCAAUGAAGAGUUCACCUCUAGACAUAGCUUAGAAUGGAAGUUCCUUUUCUUGGAUCACAGGGCACCUCCAAUAAUAGGUUAUUUACCAUUUGAAGUGUUGGGAACAUCUGGCUAUGAUUAUUAUCAUGUGGAUGACUUAGAAAAUCUGGCAAAAUGUCAUGAACACUUAAUGCAGUAUGGAAAAGGGAAGUCCUGUUAUUACAGAUUUCUUACGAAGGGACAACAGUGGAUUUGGCUGCAGACUCAUUACUAUAUCACUUACCAUCAGUGGAAUUCCAGACCAGAGUUCAUUGUAUGUACCCACACAGUAGUAAGUUACGCUGAGGUUCGAGCAGAAAGGCGGCGUGAACUUGGAAUUGAAGAGUCUCUUCCAGAAAUAGCUGCUGAUAAAAGUCAAGACUCAGGUUCUGACAAUCACAUAAAUACAGUAAGUCUCAAAGAAGCAUUGGAGAGAUUUGAUCAUAGCCCCACACCUUCCGCUUCUUCCCGGAGCUCAAGGAAAUCCUCUCAUACUGCAGUUUCUGACCCUUCAUCUACACCAACAAAACUGACCGUGGAUACCAGCACUCCUCCAAGGCAAACUUUGCCCACUCAUGAAAAAUCUGCACAAAGAAGGCCCUCACUUGGUAAUCAGUCUUUAAGUUCACAAUCCGUUGGACAACCAUUAGCACAACCAAUGAUGCCCCAACCUACAACUCUGCAGAUUCAACAAGGCAUGUCUCAGCCAAUGCUUCAGUUUUCUGCUCAACUAGGAGCCAUGCAGCACUUAAAGGACCAAUUGGAGCAAAGGACACGAAUAAUAGAGGCAAAUAUUCAUCGCCAGCAAGAAGAGUUGCAUAAGAUUCAAGAACAACUCCAAAUGGUCCAUGGUCAAGGCCUCCAGAUGUUUUUGCAGCAGCCAGCUCCUGGAUUAAACUUUGGUUCUGUGCAGCUGACGUCUGGAAACCCAUCAAACAUCCAACAGAUUACACCAAUAAACAUGCAAGGUCAGGUGGUUCAGACAAAUCAGAUCCAAGGUAGUAUGAACACUGGUCACAUUAAUACUCAACACAUGAUACAGCAGCAGCCCCUUCAAAGUACCACAGCACAGCAUAAUCAACCAAAUGUUCUGAGUGGGCAUAAUCAACAGACUUCUCUUACUUCUCAAUCUCAAAACACACUGUCAGCCCCGCUGUAUAACACUAUGGUGAUUUCUCAGCCAGCCACAGGAAAUGUUGUUCAAAUUCCUUCUUCAUUACCACAAAGCAACAACCAGAACGCUGCCAUUACCACAUUUACCCAGGAUAGACAAAUCAGAUUCUCCCAGGGCCAGCAACUUGUAACCAAACUGGUCACUGCUCCUGUGGCCUGUGGGGCAGUCAUGGUACCAAGCACUAUGUUUAUGGGGCAGGUGGUGACGGCCUACCCUACUUUUGCUGCACAGCAGCAGCAGCAACCACAGACAUUAUCAAUAACGCAGCAGCAGCAGCAGCAGCAGCAGCAGCAGAGCCAGCAGGAGCAACAGCAGCAGCAGCAGCAACAGCUCGCUACAGUUCAGCAGCCGUCCCAGACUCAGCUGACACAACAUCCGCAGCAGUUCUUACAGACAUCCCGGUUGCUCCACGGAAACCAGUCGACUCAGCUUAUCCUCUCUGCUGCUUUCCCGCUACAACAAAGCACUUUUACUACGUCGCACCACCAGCAGCAUCAGUCCCAGCAGCAGCAGCAACUUCCACGACACAGAACUGACAGCAUGACUGAGCCUUCCAAAGUUCAGCCCCAAUAGCGUGGAGGCUCUGCUGCUUCCAAAAGCAAACAGAGCGGGGCGAGAGUCUGCUCACAGAUAGUUGCACCGGUGACAGGAAAGGGAAGACUUUCCCAAGUGCAGUAUUGAAUAUCCUACAUGCUUGGGAUGUUUCUGCUGAGGCAAAGAAUGUGAGAUGCUGCUGAAAGGCACCUUUGGAGCAAAUCAGCCCAGAAGUGAUGGGGAGAAGGUCGUGGCUACCUUUGUCAGGGACCUGGUUGCUCCACCUUUUUUGUUUUGUUGUUCCUUCAAGGGCAUGUGCUGCCACGUGUUAACUUGUCCAGAUCAAGUCUCAAAAGAUUCCGUGGACCGAGGAGGGCACUUAAAUAUUGUGAUUUUCUUUUUAGCAGUUCUCUCUAAUUAAUUGUUACAGGGGACAUGCUGUUGCCACAGCAGUUUUUGUUUUGUUUUUAGAACGCCUGCAAUUAUGCUCCAAAAGACAGUUAAUAUUUUCAUUACAGGACAGUAAAUAUUUUCAAAAUAUUGUGUGGAAUCAAAUUUUUCAUUUGUACAGAUACUGUAAAAUACUGUGUAUAUGUCUGGAUAAGAGGCAAGAGUGGAAUAUUUUAUAUAAUGCAUGAAACUGUUGGUUUGAAUAUGUUUUUCCCUAAAUUUUCACACAAUGGCUCAAACUACCAUUUCCAUCUGUUUUUUACCAAUUUACCUUCUAUGAUACGCGUCACCAUUCAUUCUCACCUGUAAUGUGGGCACAAGUCUCCCAUCUGUGCUUUAUCUGUGAUGUCAAGAGUUUGUUCAAUGAGGUAAUAUAGUGUGCUGGCUUGUGGAAAUUUUGGAGUUAUAUUAUUGAUGAAACACUUUGAACUGUGAAGGGUUAUGCAUCAGAGUUCAAGGCAUUUGGUUUCAUAAAUAUCAUUUGUAAUUUCAUAGAUAUUCAAUUUUUUUUUCCGUGGGUGGAAAAAAUAGGAAUUUGCACUGCUAUUAUUGUGGAUGGUUUCGAAUUUUACUCCCCAAAGUUAUCUUUUGAUAUAAUUCAUAGUUGGAAAUAUUUAUGUAACAAUGUUUAAAAAUAUGAAAGCGGUUUUCAAGAAUGUCUCAAUUAUAGGAGGAGUAAUUUGCACAAAAAAACCUUUGAAUUUAAUAAUUGUAGGCACUUUUUAACUUUCUCUGUGGUGAGAAAUGUAACUUCUCGGAAUAUGUUGGAAUCUUUUUAUUCUCCAUUGCAAAUUUUGACCUUCAUUUAGUCAGAAAUGAUUCAGGGUCAUUUGAACAAAACAAAAAUACCCAUAGUGCCUUGGUUUUGAUUCAGGUGAUAAUGUUAAACAUCUCAAAUUACAUUCUGUUAAAUCAGUGACCAUUUUUGAAGUCUUAGAACAUUGUUAACAAAGCAUGCCUCAUAUUUCUCUACUACAUUUGUAUAUACAAGUAUUUUGAAAAUUAUACAAAUAGAGAUUGAAGUGUUUUGAAAACAUUGGCACUUUUUUAAACUGCUAACCUGGGGCAUGCACCAUUGAAUCGGUUUUUCUUAACUAGCUGCCUGAUAAGAAAUAGAGUUCUUCUAAAUGAUAUCAGUACAGACAUGACUUGCAGUUAGUAGAAUUCCUUUUGUGACUGAAAUUUCAUGCAAGAUAAAAGAGACCAUCAGGACGUCAGUUUUUAAAAGGGAUGGUGUUAAACUAAGACUUCAGAUGGUAAAUUCACUUUAAAGAUAAUAAAAAGUUCCAACAGAAAUUCUGUACACUUUUUAAAAAAAUAUACAGCGAAUAGGUUAUAUGGUACUAGUUUUAAAAACCACAUCUGCAGAGCAAAACAUGCUAAUACAAAAUAGAUUGGUUAAUGAAAUGGUUAUGAGCAGGGAAAAUCUGAAUUACGGAGGAGUAUUAUAGAAGAGCUUUAUUAAUAUAACCAAAGUGCGGUGGGAUGCUGAGAUUGUAAUGCUGGGUGAACAAAGCCUGCUUCAAAAGCAACACCAUAGCAAGUGGUAGCAGCAAUGAUUUUGAGGCUAACUUCCUGUGAAUGCUUUUUGUGGCCGUACCCUGCCACGUUCCCUGCUUUUCCCCAUUACAACUAACAGACUAUUAGCAGGACCACAGCGAAAAGAAGCAGCAUGAUAAGAAAUCAACCAAAGAAUUGGACUAAUUCGUUCCCUUUGAACAGGGUCUGAGAACCUAUCUAGGAAACCACCUGUCUGCAUUCAUUAAAGAGAUUUUGUGGCAUUCCAGAAGUUCCUCUGUGUAUGGAAAGCGUAUAUUUUAAUAAAUUAAUGUCUGGCCACUGUCUUUUGUUUCCAAUCCCAAAUUAGGCUGUAUCGAACAAAGGUCCAUGCUUUAAGUAGAUUAUUUAGCGGAGAUUGUCCUCUUGGGCUUUAAGCUAUUGAUAGUAAUGAAAAUGCUGGGAAAUGAAAAUGCCGCGAAAGCUUUAAUGGUGCUUACAGAAUGGCCAAAGCAUUGGUAUUUGUGGUUAGUGAAAAGGUAGCAGACAAUCACUGGACAGGUGACUACUUAUUUGGCAUAAAUGCAGCUCUUAGUGGAUAUUAUAUAAAAGACUGCAGGGCCUUAGAGGGUGAAAAUAUUAGGUGCUUUCCAUUGUCUUUAGCAAGUAAUGGUGGAGAAGCAGUAGUUGACUCGAAAAGGUUUGCCUAAUGUCUGGAAAAAAAAAUCUCUGCACCUUGGCCCAACUUAAUUAAAGGAGCCCCCUGUCCUUCCCUCUACUGUUGUUGUAGUAUAAAGUGGUGCUCUUAAGGGAACUGUUUGGUUUUGUUGAACAUGAGUUUUUUUCUAAGCCAGGACGAAGACCUGGUCUCUGGGUCUCCUGAUAAAAGCUGCUGCUUUUGCAAGGCUGUUGUUUUUCCUAGUAGUUCUUACAAGAGGGAAUGCUCCACCGCCUGGAACGUAAUGUGGCCAAAUGUCUCUACGUGGGUGAGAAUGUGGAGAUUGGUGAUCUGUAAGUGAAUGUCAUGGUAAUGCACUAGUGCUAAAGCAAAAAGAAAAACAGCCGAAAGUCUGAUGAAGUGUUACUGAAGCGAAAGAAAUAAGAUUUAGGUUUGCCUAAACUGAGGUGAGAGUGGGGUGGGGGUGGGGGGGAGAAGACUCAAAGAUGAGCCUCUGGGAAUGUGAGAGGGAAUUGUAUAGAUAUUUUUAUAUUAUAUUUAAUAUAUAUAUAUACUAUAUUUGUACACAUAUUAAAAGAGUAUAGUCAGAGCUCUCCAUAUGCCUUCCAUUAUUUUUACCUACUCGUUUACUUCCUGGGGCCCUGGCUCCAGCGCUUCACCACCUUCUGCAGACCCCCUGUCUGUUGCCAACCGUCGACAUCAUCUAUAUAGUGAGCACAAAAACGUAGGUCCUAGUUCAGCAAGAUGCUGAAAGACGUGCCUGAGCAGUGACCCAACUAGCCUCAGUGCUGUUGGGGCAGCUGUUAGGCAGGUAAUCCCAUUUUUGAGAUGAUUAGGAAAUACUUCUUUUAAAACACUCGGCUAAGAGGAAUCUGGCUGAUACCACUAACCCACUGGUUGAACCAAGGCAGUAGCCCAAAGAGGGCAAGUCAAAGACGUUUGCUGCUCUGAAGUGCCAUGCUGUUACCUUUCUAAGGUGGUCGUCCUCCCAUCAUAUUUGAGUAUCACAUUGAAUUAGCGCAAGAUAAAAGAUGUGUACAAACUUUAAGCACUUUAUUGAGGGUGUGAUUUUAUUUGAAAUGCAGUUUAUUAUUUUAGGCAUGGGAGGAUCCCAAAGGUAUUGGAAUGUAGAAUAUUGUCAAAGAGGUAUUGCUGGAAAAUGUUUCUCAAUCUGGUGAUCCUUUGAGGCUCUGAAUCUGAGAUUAUGUGGGCAUUGAAAACAGGUUGACUUUGUGGGAAAUGGAUAAAUCUACAUCUGAGGGGGUUUUAGAGCUGUUUUUUUUAAAUAUUGCACAAUUGUCAGAGAGAUAUCAACAGGAGGCUUGUUAGAGCCUUUUAAAUGAUUCUAAGUGGUCCUUAGGAUAAAAAUGUGUAGAGGGUUUACAGAUGUGGCCUUUAGUAGACUGCUUCAGUCAUAAUUGUAGAAUAGUUAGCAUUUCUAGAGGUAACACCAUUUUGUGUGUGUGUGUGUUUAAUGUUAUGGUGUCGUGUACUUUCAGCAUAUGUGUUCAUCUCAUAAAUUGUCCAGGUUGGAAUUUUAUCAUUGAAACAUGAUGGGAAGGGAGCUGAUUGGAUUUACAAGGGAGGAAAAGCUCUCCCUCCAAGAAGCAGGGAGUCUUAUUUGCAGAAAUAAAGCUAAAUGGUAAAAUUUACAGUGCAUGAGACAAGAUUUGAGAUAACUUAAAAAUUUAAUUUGUUCACAAAGCUGGGUAGUUUGUCAAUAUAUAUUUUUAACACUACAUUCCUCUGUCUUUUAAUAAACAAGUAUUUUUAAGUCUGUUUGCUGUGUUUCAUGCUUUUUCAUCUUCAUAGGUGUUGCUACAAACAUGACGGGCUUAUAUUGUGCAAAGGUGUUGUACCUACUAGUAACACACACACACACAAAGCAAACAAAACACUGUGUAUGAACAAAAUAACUGUGUUGCCUGAUAUACAGAUCCCAGCUCUGACUGACAGGUGCUGCACUAGUAGACAAUCAAAAUUUAUGGAAGACUUUUUGGGGGAAAUGUUCUUAAAGAUACAGCUGCUUUGAAAGUGUUUUUUAUUCUUAAAGUUAAAGGAGUAUUUAUUUUUUAAAUUGUCUAAUUGGAUACUUUUCAGUGUUGAUUUCACAUUGUCUUGGUUUUGCAUUUUUAAAAAUUGGCAUUAGAUUUGUAUAUGUAGAAAAACCUGUUCAAUUUUCAUUAUCUGACUUCAGGAAAAUGUAGAUAUGGUUCCCUAGUGUUCAUGUGACCAUUAUCAAGUGUCAGUUUUUAAUUGAAUAAAUAUAACAUUUGGAAAUUUA